AUCAGUUGUCAGAGGACUUUGACUUGAUUGGUAUCCCUUUCCAUUUUUCACAUCUUGUGUUAGACAGCCAAAAUGCAUAGGGAUACCACAUAUCCUUUAGCUAUACGCAAUAUGCCUGACAUGGUUUCUCUUUUGAUGGAAGAAAAAUUUAGAAAAGAAAAUAUUCCUUCCUUGCUUUACAGCCCCCAAAUAUGCCAAAGGAAUUUGUUCUGUGUUUCAUUAGAUGGUUUCUCUUACACUAUAAGAGAAAGGCAACAAAACUCUCUCUUCACCAGAGACUCACAAUUAUUCAGUUUUCCUAGCAUAGAUGACUAGUUCUAACAAGAGGCUUGAGGUUCAAACAGAAGAUCAAACUCCACAUAAAUGGUGUGUUUCACUGGGAGAAGAGCCUUUCAAAAGAUUCUUCAGCCAGACUAAUCCAACAGUGCACAAGGUUUUUGGUGAUGGAUCACUUUUCAGUCCACUGUUGUUUGGCAAGUUCUUUGAUCCUUCUGAUGCCUUCCCUCUAUGGGAGUUUGAGUCAGAUGUAUUGUUAUCUCAUUUAAGGAGCUCCGGCCAAAGCACUGUGGAUUGGUGUCAGACAGCUGAAGGCUACAUAUUAAAAGCAGAAAUACCGGGAACUGGAAAAAAUAACAUUCAAGUCGUUGUUGAUAAGGGGAAGGUUGUGGAAAUUAGUGGACCGUGGAAGCAGCAAAGAGACUCAAAGGCCCAUGACUGGAGGUGUGGCCAUUGGUGGGAACAUGGAUAUGUGAGAAGGCUUGAGAUGCCAGAGGAUGCAGAUUGGAAGAAUAUAGAAGCAUACAUACAUAAUGACAUAUACUUAGAAAUACGUAUUCCAAAGAGCAAACAGGGUCGUGAUCUUCCUCAGGGAAAGGAUGUGGCUUGAACAUGCAGAAGCAGUGUAAAUUUAAGAAAUAACAGGUGGAGACCAACCAGAGUUUCUCACGAUCUAGUAGCAGCUCCUAUGCAAAUUAAUACCAAACAUUUAACAAAGUUAUAAAACUCUCAAAUCUCAAACUAAUGUCAGCCAGCAUGAGAAGGCCUUCUGAUGAUGUAUAAUACACACAUAUAUAUAUAUAUAUAUAUAUAUAUAUAUAUAUAUAUAUAUAUAUAUAUAUAUAUAUAUAUGCCAGGAGAAGGGAAUAAAAAGAAAUUGUGGUGUAUAAAACACAAUGAUUUGUUUCUUGUUUAGUACUAGAGUUGUUUAUUAAUGAUUAUUUUGAUUGACAGUGAUCAUUGAAAGACGAACAGAGGACUUUACUAUUGCAGUAAAGUUGGGAGGAAUAUGAGGAAUAGCCAAUGCAAUAUCAUGAUCCCCAUCAGCAUAAAUUCCUGUAGAGAGUUUCAAGUUUUCUGAUAAAAUACAUAGAAAAUAGCAGAAAAUGUUCAUUCUACAUGAAAGAAUACUGUUUCAUUGCUUGGUCUUAAAAUUCAUGAUUUUGUAAGAAAUUGAGCUGUAUAGAAACACAAACUGGUAAGAAUCAUCUAAAAACAAAGUUACAAAUUCAUAACUAUAGUUUUCACGCGCUAAAAUCAAAAUUGGUCACAAGUUGUGGCUGCUAUCAGAUGACUGGAAGAUGUACUAAAAGCAGAAAUUCUCAUUCUUGAGUCCAUGAACAUAUAUAUUAACCA